AUGAAGACGCGAUCAACCCUAUCCCUCUUCUUCUUCUCCGCCCUCCUAUUUCAAGACCUCGCAGCAGCAUGGCAAUUCCCAUCCCUCCAAGUCCCCCUCAUCCCCUCAUGGCAUGGCAGCAGCAGCAGCGGCACCCCGGCAACAAACAACAUCCCGCAAUUCAUCCUCGACACCAAACACCCCUGGCUAACAACCCAUGCCGACGACCUCUCGCGACUCCGCCCCGACGACGCGUACUCGCUCUUCUGCGACCCCGUCCCGGCCGAGAACCACCAACCCGGCAAGCACGGCGGGCUAGACCUCCCCGCUGACCUCUUCCACCGCCUCCGCGUCAAAGACUCCCCCACCGACAUCCCCAGCUGGACCAACGCGCGCGCGCUCCUCAGCGAAAUGAAGCAUUGCCCGCGCGCCCUCUCCGAAGUCCGCGAACUCGGCGUCCACCUGUACCCGCGCACGGCGGACUGGCUCCUUGAAGAGCUCAGGGAGCCCGUGCUCCCGCCGGCGGGCUUGCCUGAGUUAUUCGCCGAGGUGUUGGGCUCGAUGAAGGGCUUGGAGAAGCUGGAUUGGGGGAUUAGGGGGUGGGACCAGAACCAGGUCAUCCGGGCCGCGUUUGAGGAGCACGGGGUGAGGUUGGAUGAUGUGCGGGAGUUGGGGGUCGAUAUGUACGCGUCCUGGAUGCUGGAUGUCGCGCCGAAUGUGCAGAAGUUGCAGAUUCGGAGGGCCGAGGGGGCAACGCGUCCGGAGGAUCCGAGGGGGUAUAAGAUGCAGGUGUUUGGGGGUUUGAAGAGGUGGAGGUUGAGGGAGCUCGAUCUCGAGCUGGAGAGUUGGACGCCGGAGAUGACGCGGCUCCUGCCCGAAAUGCUCCCCGAGAUCGAAGACCUCCGCUUCCAGAGUUUCGAGAGAGGUCCUCGCGCUGCUCGGGGAGAAGCUUUACAAAACCUGACGCGAGCCCUCGGCUCCCUUAACAACCUCCGACGACUUCACCUCCCGUGGUCGGCCGAGCUGGGGCUCGGCUUCGACGGCGGACCGCUGUGCGGAAACUUUUACGACGGCGCGGACGGCGCCAGGUUGAGGCGCCGGGUCGAGAUGGAGAACAUCAACGCGACGGAGCGCGCGGGGGAGAUUGUGCGGGCGAACGUGCCACGUCUGAAGGGGGUAGAUGUCGGCGGGUUCUAUGGGAACUUCACGGUGGACGGUGAGGGGAGGGAUGUGACCGUGUGGCCGUGGACUGGGAGGUUGGAGGAUUGGCUUUUGGAGAUUUAUAUCUGA